AGAGAGCAUCACAACUCUUAAUUUCUUGAGGAUGGAUCAGCUAGUUGCAGAGGAGAGUAUGGAAACUCCUUCAAACCAAAAUUCAACAGAGCAGUCAUCAAGACCCAGCAGAAAGGGUGGCUUUAGAACUAUGCCCUUCAUCAUAGUGAAUGAAUCAUUUGAGAAAGUAGUCAGCUACGGACUGAUGGCUAACAUGAUCUUCUAUUUGAUGAACGGAUAUAACAUUGACAUUGCAACUGGAACAAGCAUAUUGCUAUUGUGGUCAGCCAUAUCCAAUGCCCUAGCUAUUGUGGGCGCUUUCCUCGCUGAUUCUUACUUGGGCCGGUUCUUGGUCAUCGCCUUGGGAUCCUUCUCUAGCCUUCUGGGCAUGACACUACUAUGGCUAACAGCCAUGAUUCCAAAGUUAAAGCCUCCUCUUUGUGCCGCCCAAUUUAGCAGCAAUUGCGACUCAGCCAGUCCUGGCCAACUCAUUGUCUUGCUAUCCUCUUUCGGGCUCAUGUCCAUUGGGGCUGGCUGCAUCAGACCAUGUUCCAUAGCCUUUGGUGCAGACCAGUUGGACAAUAAGAAAGACAACCCCAAAUAUGAGAGACUUUUACAGAGCUACUUCAAUUGGUACUAUGCAUCAGUAGGGAUUUCAUCAGUUCUUGCAUUGAGUAUCAUUGUCUAUAUUCAAGACCAAUUGGGAUGGAAAGUUGGUUUUGGAGUUCCUUUAAUUAUAAUGGUGGUUUCAGCCCUAAUGUUCUUGUUUGGCUCUUCUCUUUAUGUAAAAGUGAAGGCUGAAAAAAGUUUGUUUAUUGGUUUUAUUCAAGUACUAGUGGCUGCCUUCAGGAAAAGAAAUCUUCCACUCUCGGCCAAGAAUGUAGAGUACCAUUAUGGGAAAGACUCAAACAUCAUUGUUCCAACUGAUAAACUAAGGUGUCUCAACAGAGCUUGCAUUAUCAGAGAUCCUCAGAAAGACUUAAACCCAGAUGGCUCAUCUAUUAAUCCAUGGAACCUCUGCACAAUAGAUCAAGUAGAAUCACUCAAAGCACUGAUGAGAGUCAUCCCCAUGUGGUCUACUGGUUUCGUGAUACAAGUUACUUUGAAUCAAUACACAUUUACAAUCCAAGCUAACAUGAUGGACCGACACCUUAGUCCCAAGUUUCAAAUUCCAGCAGGAUCAUUCUCUGUGUUCAUAGUUAUCACAUUAACUAUCUGGGUUGCCAUAUAUGAUCGUGCAAUUGUUCCAUUACUAACAAAACUUACCGGAAAACCAUGCGGGCUUGGAACAAAAAUGCGCAUGGGAACUGGGUUAGUACUAUCUGCCUUGGCCAUGGCUGUGUCUGCGAUAGUUGAGAACAUAAGGAGGAAAAUUGCCAUUGAUCAAGGCCUUGCUGAUCAGCCAGGGACGGUGAUGGACAUGUCUGCAAUGUGGCUAAUUCCACAAUAUUGCUUGAUUGGGUUGGCUGAGGCUUUCAAUGCAAUUGGCCAGAUUGAAUUCUAUUUCUCUCAGUUUCCAAGGAACAUGUCAAGUAUUGCAGUAGCUCUUUUCACACUGGGAAUGGCUGUGGGUAGCUUGGUGGCUAGUUUUCUGGUGAAGAUUGUUGAUAAAGCUACAAAGAAAGGAGGGAAUGAGAGUUGGAUUCCUAACAAUCUGAAUAAGGGUCACUUGGAUUAUUUCUAUUGGCUCAUCACCAUAAUGUGUGUAGUUAAUUUUGUAUAUUUUCUUGGUUGUUGUUGGGCUUAUGGACCUAGUGAGGAUGCAAGGGAUAAAAUGAAGGACAAUAGGCUAAAACAAAUGGAAAGUAAAGAAGAUGUAGGCAAAUCAAGAACACCACCCUCGGCUUGAUGUGUAGGUAUAGUUCUUGAUGUUGAUGAACCCAAUUUACAUUGAUGUAUUUCAGUAUUUGUGUUCACUUCAUCGGGCAGUGCUUGAGCUUUUUCAAGUUUCAAGUUUCAAGUGCCUAGUUUUGAGAGGUCAUCGCUUAAUAUUUUAGCAUGGUAGUAUAGCAUAGUCAUCGAAGAGUGGACAAGGUGGAUGAAAUCAUAUUGUUUGUAAUUAAAAAAAGGAAAACCAUCUUUUCUUAUCUUAGAAUAAGAUGCAACUAGUCGAUGUAUAGU